UCAGGGUAGCAGGCAGCUGCAGGAGAAGUCCCUGAAAAUUUCCUCUACGCUGUAUGUUGGCAACCUGUCCUUCUACACUACCGAGGAGCAGAUCCAGGAGCUCUUCUCCAAGUGUGGAGAUGUCAAGAGGAUAGUCAUGGGGCUGGACAAGAUCAAGAAAACUCCCUGCGGCUUCUGCUUUGUCGAGUACUACACACGAGCAGAUGCGGAGCAUGCCAUGCGGUUUAUCAACGGCACACGCCUGGAUGACCGCAUCAUUCGGACUGACUGGGAUGCAGGGUUUAAGGAGGGGCGACAGUAUGGAAGAGGAAAGACUGGAGGACAGGUGCGAGAUGAGUACCGGACAGACUACGAUGUGGGAAGAGGUGGCUUUGGCAAGAUCAUCCAGAUGCAGAAGGCAAAUCAUCAGCCUGCAAUCUAUUAAUUGCCUUGUGGGUCCUAGCUCACAGAGGGCUCUGUCCUUCCAAAGUUCUUGCAUUUUGGAUUGGGGUAGAGAGGGAGAUCCAAGUCCCAGCGAAAGGUGACCCUCCUUAGGCUGUGGAUAUACGUGUAUUCAUUCCCCCUUCCUUCUGGGCUAAAGAGGAUAUUCUGUGAGGGCAACAAGGGAAAAAAUAGAUGGACAGCUCUGCAGGAUUCUGGGUAAGAAGAAAUGCAGCAUGUUACACACACCUUGUGCUAUGAAACACUCUUCACACUGCACCUAAGCAGGUGGCUUCCUCCAAGCUGUGAUUGCAGCCAUGGUUGCUCUCAAAUGGAACUUCUUAAAAGCUUACCACCACUGGAGCCCUUCAGGUGCCGUGUCACCUUGUGGGGAUGCACAAGAAAUUCAGUUUUCUAUUUUACAACCUCAUCUCCUCACAAAGCAGUAUUGCUGUUUGGAUGAGAGAAUUGAAACAAAGUCUUAUCAUCCGCUUGGAGGUGGGUGUCUGCACAUGUAACCCAUGGGUUGAUCAGGGCCUGCAGAGCAUUUCUCUUUGAUACCCCCAGUGCUGCCUGGCUUUUCAGAUCCUCAAUGUUUUGUGUGAUUUUGUUAAAAGUUUAUUUUCAUUUUUUAAAUAAACAGUUGUAUUGGGUCUG